AUGGAGGAUUUCGAAGAACGCAGCAGCAACAGCCAGGCUCUUCGAGUCUCUGGUUUACCAUUGCCUCCUCCUGCUCGUGUCUCUCCUGCACGCGUCUCUCCUGCGAGGCUUCCCCUGGCGUCAUCUCUUUCAGCGCCUCCGCGCUCCCUUGCCUUAUACGGAGGACGAAGUGUACCACCCGGGGCAAGUGACGCUGGAAGCUCCGUUCAAAAGCCUGCUUCGUUACAAGCAGCAUCAGUCUCGUUGCAUGCGCGGCCGGUAUCGAGCCGGAGCCUGCCAUCCGGGGCUGUUAUCGACGUGGAGGGGGGUGCAGCUGCGGAGGAGGGUGGGGCAGAGAGGAUAUUCGUGGCAGUGCGAGUGAGGCCGUUGAGUGGGCGGGAGGUGGCAGCAGGCGAGGAGAGUGUGUGGCAGGUGCUCGAUGCGUGCUCUAUCCGCUCUGUGCUCCCUUCCACUGCGCCUGCUCCGUUGCAAGGAGACCGCUCAGCGCCUGCUCAGACUUACCACUUCGAUAGGGUAUUCGAUGAGCAGGCGUCGUCCCUUGCAGUGUACCAGCACGCAGCCAGACACGUGGUGCUCUCCGUGCUGCAAGGAGUCAACGGCACCAUUUUCGCAUAUGGCAUGACAGGGAGUGGCAAGACGUACACCAUGGCCGCAGUAACGGAGAUGGCUAUACAGGAGAUAUUCGAGCACAUAGCCAAGCUCGGCAGCGAGCGAGAGUACUCCCUGCAGCUGGCAGCCAUGGAGAUCUACAACGAGCAAGUGCGGGACCUGCUGGCUGCACCAGGGGACAGCGCCCCGCUCAGAGUGCUGGAUGGCGCAGAGGGCGGCACUCUAGUGGAGAGCCUGUCACGCCAUGACGUGCGCUCGCCAGCGCACCUGCUGCUGCUGCUGGAGCAGUGCACAGCCCAGCGCACAGUGGGGGAGACGCAGAUGAACGAGGCUAGCUCACGCUCGCACCUCAUCGUGCAACUGACCGUGCAGAGCGAGCCCACAGCAGCAUCUGCCUCUCUGCACCUCUCCACCUCCUCUCUCUCCGCUGAUCCCGCACCUGCCUCCACUGCUUCUGCUGCAUCCACUACUCCUGCUGAUGUUACAAGCGCUCACCCCACCGAGCCAAGGCUCACAGAGGCAGCAGAAAAUGGCCCCACGAGUGUCUCCGCCUCCUUCUCCUCCUCCUUUUCCCCCUCUGUCGCCUCCUCCUUCGCCUCCUCCUCCGUGCUCUCCUCCUCAUCCCUCGCCCUCUCCGUAUCCUCCGCCUCUGCACCCCUUGCUUCAUCCGUGCCUGGCCUUGCCUCCCUGCCGGCGCCUGUCCUACGUGCCACUCUGAAUCUGGUGGACCUAGCGGGCAGUGAGAGGGCAGGGCAGAUGCAGUCAGAGGGGCAGCGGCUGAGGGAGGGAGCACACAUCAACCGCAGUCUGCUCACUCUCAGCACCGUCAUCCACAAGCUCAGCGCACCCGCCUCCUCCCUCUCCUCCUCCUCCUCCACCCCACCCCCCCUCUCCUCUUCUUCCUCCUCCUCCUCGUCCCCCUCCCGCGCCCCCCACAUCCCCUACCGGGACUCCAAGCUCACGCGCAUCCUGCAGAGCGCGCUGGGGGGAAACGGCCGCACGGCAGUGCUGUGCACUGUGAGCGCUGCAGCGUGCCACGCUGAGCACACGCGCAACACCCUCGCGUUUGCUGCGCGUGCUAAGCAGGUCUCCACCACAGCCAAAGUGGAGUCGGGUCAAGAGAAGGUGAUUCGGCAGCUGCAGCAGCAGGUCAAGCUGCUGGAGGGCAAACUCAAGGGCGUGGAAGAGGAGAGACACAAGCAGCAACAGGAACAGCAGCAGCAGCAGCAGCAGCAGCAGCAGCAGCAGCAGGCAUUGAGGGAGGAGGCAGGCGAGAGAAGGAGGAGCAGUGAGGGUGUAUCAGCAGCAGCAGCGAGGCAGCUGAUACUGGAGUACGAGGAAGCAAUGGGUCAGCUAGAGGCAGAGAAGGACGAGCUGUACGCGCAUCUGUCACGUGCUCUCUCCCAGAGGGACGAGGCGCGGUGCAUGGUGGCAGCGCAGCAGAGGGAGGUGCGGGCCAUGCGGGAGCACCUGGUGCUGCUGCACUGGCAGCUGGACGAGGGUCAGGGGAGCGAGGAGAGCGAGCAGAGUGAGGGGGGCGAGGGGAGUGACGGGGGCAAGAGGAAUUUGGUGGAGGGGGGUGGUGGAGAGGAUGGUGCGGUGAGGAGUGGUUUGGAAGGAGGGAGUGGUGUGGAGAGAGCAGCAGGGCGAGAGGGGGUUGGUGAGGAGGAGGGCGGGAGACAGGGGAACGAAGGGGCUUUAAGAGGAAUUGAUAGGGAAGCAACAGCAAGCCCUGUGGUUAGCUGUGUUGCAUCUCGAGCAGGCAACAGCAGUGGGAGUUUCUCGUUUACUGAUCCUGAUGGCACUCUGCUGUCCCAGCAGCAGCAGCAGCAGCAGCAGCAGCAGGAAGAGCAAGAGCACCUGGAGACUGAUGACAGCGACUAUGCAACGCAAGCGUGGGUGCAGCAGCUGCAGCGGCUGGCAGUGAUGGGCGAGAGGAUGGGGCAGCAGGACGCACACAGGGCCCUGCUCGCGCUGCAAGCAGAGAUCCACUCGCUCUGGCUCUCCGCCUCUUCUUCCCUCUCUGCGUCGGCUUCCCUCUCUGCCUCUGCUUCUCUUCGAACCUCCGCUGCUGCUGCUGCUGCUGUUGCUGCUGAUAAUUCUAGUGUUGGUGCUGUUGGUGCUGUUGGUGCUGUCAGCGCUGCUGCUGGUGGUGCUGCUACUUUCCCUUCUGAGGCACCGCGGAUCUCUGCUGCGUCGUGUGCUGUGGUGGAGGGUGCAGCGCGUAACAGUGGUUGUGCCACUGCUGCCACAGACGCACUGUGCUACAGGGUCGUUGGGAGUAUGGAGGCGCCUCAAAAGUCCCUCUCCGGCUCAUCUCCCUUCCCUUUCGCUCUAGAUCCACCAGCCAGGUUUUCUCUCGGGGGAGUUGGGAGUGAGGGGAGAGGGAGGGAGAGCGGGGAUGGUGGCGGUGGUGAAUGUGGUGAUGGUUUGAUGCGUGGUGUGGGAAGGGACGUGGAGAGGCAUGGGGAGGACGGGAUGGGAGAGAGUAGGGUGGGUGGAUGGCAGGGUCGGGAGACAAGGACGGGAGGCGGCGAAGAGGACGGAGAGGAGGAGAUGGGAGAGAAGGGAGGGGAGGGAGAGGCGGGGGAGAGGGAGUGGGAGGAUGGAGGGGGUGAGGAGAGGCAUGCAGCUGGGGAUGGGCGUGUACGUGAGUGGGAGGGGGGAGAGGAGCAGAGAACAAUGGUAAGGGUGGAUGGAGUGGAGGAAGAGGAGGAGGAGAAUGGGGAAGACAAGGAGAGUACGGGACAGUCUGUUAAGGAGAAGGAGAGGCGAGGAGGAGGGGAGGUGCUCGAGGUGGAGGCAGCGAAGGAGGGCCGGUGCUGCUGCAGAAGGGUGUUUCUUACAAUUCUAAAUGCACCCGUCCCCUCCUGUCCAACACUCCCCACCUCAAUCGCAGGUGCUCGAGGUGGAGGCAGCGAAGGAGCUAGAGGCAGAGAAGGAGGGGCGGCUGCUGCUACAGCAGGCGGACAGGGGAGGGAAGGUGGGCGGGCAGUGGGGCCACGAGAGGCACAGCAGACAGAGAAUGACGUGGCAGGGGGAGAAGUGGCGCGCAGUGCACGAGGGGAUGGGCGUGGGGAUGGGCGUCAUGAUUGCACAGAAGAGACAGAAGUAGGAGGAGAGGGAGGGGGGGGCACUGUGGAGAGUAGGGAGGGGAGCAGCAAGCAGGGGCGUGCAACUGUUAUGGGAAGCUGCAUGGAAGGCGGUGCGAUGGGUGGUGCGAUGGGCGGUGUGCUGGGUGGUGAUGAUGACGAUCUGAAUGAUGCUGCUGGCAACAGGAAUGUGAAUGUUCGGGACAUGAGGCGUGGAGGAGAAGGGGUGCGGGCAAUCAGGGAGAGGAGGGCGAGUGGGGGAAGUGGUGCGAGUGGUGUGAGUAGGAUGCAUGUGGAGGUGGAGUGGCGGCACAUGCGAUGGCUGCAGGGGCAGCUGCAUCUGCCCUGCAAUGCGGGGUGGCUCAGCCGGCGGCAGCAGCAGGUGCAGCAGGAGCGGGCAGCCAUAGCCAGGCAGAUGAAGCGCCACCUAUCCCCCGCACACCGCCUCUCCCUCUUCCUCCUCUGGGGAAUCGACCCUGCCUCUCGCCACCGCUGCUCCCAGCUCGCCCUUUCCAUCUGGCCUCCCCCUCCGCCUCUGUCUUCCCCUCCCCCUCUUUCUUCCUGUCCAUCUCCUCCUCUUCCUCCUCUUCCUCCUCCUCCUCCCCCUCCGCUUAUCCCCGCACCAGCCUCUGCUGCACCUGCAGCAACCCCCAACCCAGCCGCAUCACCUGCAUCUGCUGCUGUGACUGAGACUGGGGCCACAAUGACGGUGGCCCGUGUGUGCAUUCACACGGCACACGCCAGUGCACGCGUGGUGGCAGCACCUCUCUUCCACCCUCCCACACCGUCACCUCCUCUGCCCUUCCUGCCUGCUACCGCUGCUCAUGCACAAGCCCUUGUUCCUGCUGCGGUUCCUAGCUCGGUCACCACCUCUCUUGCAGCAGACGCUGAUCGCAGUGCGAGCGGCAACAGCAGCAGCAGCAGCAGGAGAAGGCGUGGUGGUGCUGCCAGUGGGAGCAGCAGCACAGGGCAUGAAGACGAACCAUCGGCACAGGCAGUCUCGGUGGAGCUAAGGCUGGUAGAGGAGAGGGGCUUUUUCGAGCUUUCCCUUCCUGCUUGCUCACUCCACCCUCCCGCUUCUCCUUUCGCCCUCUCUCCUCCCCCCUUCUCUCCUCUCCCGCCCUCUCGUGUGCCCUCCAUUCCUAUGCCCCUCUCUCUCUCCUCCCCCCCCCCUCCUCCUCUCCCCUCCCUCUUCCCCUCCCCUCCCCUCCUCCCCCUCUCAGUGCGAGCAGAGGCACUAGAACUGAGGCUAGUGAAAUGCCAGCAGAGGCGCUAG